AUCAAAGGUGCGUUUGUAGUUGACACAUGCGCAGUACGCGUGUACGUCCUGUUCCCAAACUGCAGCCGAGGGAGGGAUCCGAAGCAGAAGGGACUUUGAAGUAUUUGGCCACACAUUUCUCCGAACAACAUACAACCGUGGACAGACUUAGGUCAGCAAAACACCAUUCACCAUGGCUACUGCUGCUGCUGUUGUUGCUAAAUCCCCCAAAGUCAGCCUGAGAGAAGACCUGACAUGUGCCAUAUGUUGUGACCUGUUCCGGGAGCCUGUCAUGUUGGCCUGUAUGCACCACUUCUGCAAAUCCUGCAUCUCCAGGUACUGGAGAGGGACUCUGGGGCCUGUGACCUGCCCGCAAUGUCGCAAAGAGUUCAGCUCCAAGCAGUUCCAAACUAACUACCUUGUGACAGCCAUGGUGGAGAAGGUCCGGGCCACCACCUCGGACACGUAUGUGAAAAACCUAGAGAAACAACUGAAAGAGACUUUGGAAAGCCAUCGCCUGAAGAAGGAGGACUUCAUCAACAGUAUUCGCAGAGACAAAGACAAGAUGGAUACCAUAAAGAGAGUCGGAGCAGAUCUGCAGGCUCGUGUCAAAGGGGAAUUCAGAGCUCUUUAUCAGAUCCUGCACGAUGAGGAGACCUGCGCGCUGGAGCAGCUAAGGAGAGAGCAGGAGGAGGAGCUGGAGAAAGUCCAGCGCCACCUGGAGGCCACGGAGAUGGCCGUGAGGGAGCUGGAGGACAACAUGAGAGCGCUACAGCAGGCCAGCGCCGCCACUGAGAACAUCAUACUGACUGAGCUCCCACAGCUAAGGUCACGUGUGCAGGUGGAUGUUGCCCCGGAGUUUGACACAAACGCUUUCAGCAACAAAUACUUGGCCCCAUUACAGUACAUCACAUGGAGAAAGAUGUUCAAGUCUUUGAAGCCAGGUCCUGCUCCAUUAACGUUUGAUGUCGACACGGCGCACCCGAACAUUCAAGUCUCCAGGGACAAAACGGCGGCAGUUGAAUGUGACGUCAUGGUCCCACAUACGGACCACAACAAGCGUUUCCUCCAGUGCGUCAACAUUCUGGCCGCCCAGGGCUUCCAGUCAGGCCGACACUACUGGGAGGUAGAAGUGGGCUCCAAACCCAAGUGGGACCUGGGCGUGGCCUCUGAGGCCGUAGACAGGCACGCUCGGAUCAAGCUGAGCCCCGAAACCGGCUACUGGACGCUGAGGCUGCGUAAUGGGAGCGAGUACUCGGCUGGCACACAGCCCUGGACGAGGCUGCAGAUGAGCUCUUCCCCCCAGAGGCUCGGGGUUUUCUUAGACUGCGACGAGAGGCGGGUGUCCUUCUACAACGCCGACGAUAUGAGCCUGCUCUACUCGUUCACCAACGGGCCGAGGGGCAAGGCGUUCCCCUUCUUCAGCCCGUGCAUUAGUGGCCGCAGUCAAAAACCUCCACCAAUCAAACUCCUCCACUACCAUCAUGUCGCUCUGUCUGGCUAACAUGGGUGUAAAAGCUUUUCAUUCACUUAUUGGCCAAUGACGGUUAUCACGCAGCUUUAAAAAGACAGUACUGCCAUUGUAAGCAUCAUGGUACUAUAUCACAAGAUUUAAAAAUGUCAGAUUGUUGUUUUAUUUUCCAUGCUUUAAUGAUUGGGCAUCAGCAGAUGCAUCUAGUUUCUGUAAUAAACAUUAAAAUCCUUGAAAUGUUAAGAAAAUUGCCAUAUUCACUGUAUGAUACAAUUCCAUUGUGCUGUAAUUAUUCUGAAGAGGCUCAUUCGAUUUGCAGGAGCAGUCAGCAGAAACAUUAAAAAACACUAAAUUCAACCAUUUUGGGUCGAAUAUAGUGAAGCUUUGAUGCAUCAAAUUACAUUUCAAGACAUACUGGUUAUUUACUGUUCAACCAAAUAUCUUAAAUAGAUGAAGAUAGAUUUCAGAUGUAUUUUCUGAUUUAAUAAUUAAGUUUACCCAGAUGUAACUUCACAGCAUCCUUGGGAGUUAUUUAGAUUCUUUUAGCAGCUCCUGUUGAUUUUUUUAUUAUUUGUACAUUCAUUUAUAUACAUUAUAUGUGCCUAAAUGUAAUAUAAUGCACACUUAAAUUUGUAUUGCUCAAGGAAAUAAACUUAAAUGUAGUUCUUCGCAUUAUUCAGUCUAUGCAGUUUAUUUACAUUAUUGUGAUUGCAUUGUCAGUUACAUGUUUCGAUCAUUUCCUGGUAAAGACCCAAACAAUUGCUGUAAAACCUGCUGAUGCAAAUAAUAAAACCAAAUCACUUUUUCUUUCUUAAAUAAA